AUGGCGUCUUUGGACAUGGAGCCGACCCAGAGCUGGCUCCCUCUGCCAGAGAGAGAUCCGCGGGUCGCGGGAUGGCUGAUGUUGGGGAAUCCCACCCCGAUUGUGUCGAUCCUCGCCUUCUAUGUUUACAUCGUGAAGGUUCUCACCCCGGGCAUAAUGAGGAACGCCAAAGCUUACGAGCUCCGUCCAUUGAUUCUGUUCUACAACGCGGCCAUGGUUAUCGCGAACUUGUCGAUAUCCACCUACGUCAUUUACCACGCAUUCUGGACAGGUCACUAUGCCAUGUGGUUCACUACGCCGGACCGCGGAGAUCACCCCACGACACUCCUGCUGCUGAACGUGUCCUGGUAUUACCUCGUCCUGCGCUUGACGGAGUGCAUUGAAACUGUACUUUUCGUCCUGAGGAAACGUUUCAGACAGGUUUCCACUCUACACGUUUUCCAUCACGUCUCGGUCACGUUUUCGGUUUACUUCUACAUCACCUAUGGGGGUUUCGCCCUUGCGUGCUUUGAGCUCACUUUCAAUGCCUUGAUCCAUGUUGUGAUGUACGGCUACUACUUCCUGUCCGCCUGCGGCCCUUCUAUCAAGAAAUACCUCUGGUGGAAGAAAUACAUCACCAUUUUGCAGCUCGUUCAAUUCGCUAUCAUGAUCGCACGUAACAUCAUGCUCGUGUUCUGGCUCAAUAACAGAUACUCCGCAUUGCCCGCAUUCAUGUUGUUCCAGUGCUUCGUCUUCUUCCUCCAAUUCUUCCACUUCUACAUACAGUCAUACCGUCGGAAGCGCGGAUAGGAACUCCAGGAGCGGGCCGCUCAAAAAGCAGCGCAGAACAACAACCUCGAUGAACGGGUAGACGACGAGAAGAGUCCUUAGUGAAUAAUUGAGGCUGUCGGUUAGCGCAACUAGUCUCAGUUCGUCGGAUACCUCAUGUCCAAAUUAGGAAGGCUCACGUGAGCUGACUCACAUUGGUUAAAGGAUAUAUACAGUCGAAUCCACCCGGAACAACCGGACGGCUCGAUACCUACUUUUGAAAGUGCUGCUAAUCGAGACCGAUGAAGUGACGCCGUUCGGAUUGGCGCUGGCCCGACAAAUUUUGGCUUUAGACUCCAAAUAGCUUUCUUUUGCUAGCUCAAAGUCUAAUCUGCUUCCUCGACAGACUCGGAGCCUGAAUUCGGCUCCAUCGGAGGAAACGAUAGAUAAGUUAGUGACAGUUGGAAACAGUUCCGUAGG